UGGCCCUCCUGGCUCUCACCCUGGCACUGCUGGCAAUGACCGUGGCCACCAGGAUCAUUAAGGAAAAGCCCCUGGACAUGACCCUGGACUCCUUCGAUGACCAGUACCAGGGCUGUGGCCCUGCCAUGAAGGAGGCAUUGCCGGCCUUGCACCGCUCCGAGUUCCAGAACAAUUCUCUGUUUGCCAAGGCCUGGUCUGCGGCCGUGGCAGAGUGGCAGGAAUUGGGGUCCCCUGUGUCCCCUCUGUCAUCCCCAGACCAGGCCAUCGCCAUCCAGGCCUAUGGGGUGACUGACCUGUACGACUAUUUCGAUGUCUAUGUGAGGACUAUGGGGCACUCCCCCCAGGAAUACCGGGACAAUUUCCACUUCAAAACGCUGCAUUUCCUGCUGACCAGAGCUGUGGCCACACUGAAGGCGGCUCAGAAGGGGCAGAAAUGUCAGGAUGUGAUCCACCCUGAGCUAAAGUACAGGUUCUGUGCAAAUCCUGGCGACAUCGUCCGAUUGGGUCAAUUCGCAUUGUCAUGGGAUUCAUUUGAUGACAGAACGUCAUACCCCACGGUGUUCAAGGUGCAGACAUGUCACGGCGCGGAAAUCAAUGCCUUCAUUGGAAAAGUCAAUGAUAAAGUGGUUCUGAUCCCACCCUAUGAGAAGUUCAAGGUCACCAAAGUCAUCCCAAAAGGGGAGAAGGUGGAGAUCCACCUCGACUCCAUCGGGACCUACAGCAAAUACAACUGCGAGUGGCUGACAGGUGGGAGCGUCCCCAGGGCCCCCUUUCACAUUGGAGGACUCCUCCUGGCCACCACAGCCCUGGCAGUGGCCACCGGGAUCCUCUGAGCCAUGAAACCACCAAGGUCACCAUAGUCACUGUGGCCACCAUUAUCACCAAGACCACCAGGACUGCCACAGUAACGAGGUCACCAAUGCCACCAAACCCACCACUGACACUAUGGCUGCCUUGGCCACCAUGGUCUCCAUGUGGUCACUGUGGUCACCACUGGCACUGUGGCCACUGCAGCCA